AUGAUGACAGACGCGCUCCACGCCUUUCUCGACGAGCGACUCCGACUCUCUCUGACUGGGUCGAUUCCAGCAUCUCAGCUCGACACCAUGGCCCCAAGACUUGCAAACUUAUUCCGGACCGUCCGGCCCUCCGUAACGCCAAACGAAAUCUUCAUCGCCGUGAGCGGCCCUUCUGUCUGUGGCUACCAGUAUUGCGAUUGCAAUGCGCCGGAGUGUGAGCUCAAGAAAUAUAAGAUCACGAUCUACCUUGAUCGAAGGGAGCUGGGUAGACGUGUCACGAAACCAUGGAUCAGAGGAGGCAGUGUGGCAGGGUUUGAGGAGGCUGCACGAAAGCUGAUAGAGGCUGUGGACGAGAUUAGUGAGAACCCUGAGUCGGCUUCGUCUCAGCCACCCAUGGAUAGCCAGGAAACGUGUCAAAUGGGGAUAGUUUUGGAGACAAACGACGCUGAGUUUGCAUAA